UUGUCCUCUUUCAGACUGUUUUGGUCUUUUUGCUGUUAGCAACGGAAAGGACUCGAGCUAGCUGUAAAGUUUAAUUUGAGAUAAUCGAUUUUUUUGUUAGGAUUUCAUAUCAUAUUGACAAGAAGUGUGACGCACAUGUUAAUUUGAAAGAUCCGCUGAAGUGUGUUGUUUUUUUAUUCAUUUUUUUCCCUCUGUUUUAAUAAGAUUUGUAGAGAUUGCUAAUUUGGCUUAACAACUGUUAACCAGCUAGCCUGCUAGUAGCACGUUAGCGACCUGUCACACAACCACUCGCCGCUUCAUUGUCAAGAAGUUUCAGGUCUACAGCUGAUCGUUUUUAAGACACUGUCUUUUAUGGGAUCACCAUGUCAAUGAAGGCCGGUGGAAAUCGAGGCAAGCCCGGCGGGGGCAACGCGGCUGGUGCGGCCGGCUCCGGUGCUGGAGGAAGCGGCGGGGGAAGACAGAAUCUGGGCAGGGGAAGACACAGUGGCAAAGCCCCUGCAGCUGUUAUUUUCAAUGGUGUAUAUGCAAAUAUGAGGAUGGUCCAUGUUUUGACUUCUGUGGUGGGGGCCAAGUGUGAGCUGAAAGUAAAAAAUGGAGCGGUAUAUGAAGGGGUAUUCAAGACAUACAGUCCUGAGUGUGACCUGGUGUUGGAUGCAGCCCACAGAAAGAGCCCAGAGCGGAGUAUAGGCCCCAGGAAAGAAGAUAUUGUAGAGAGCCUCAUUUUUAAGGCUUCCGAUGUUGUAGUGGUGACCUUCAAAGACGUGGACCUAAAUUUCGCCAGAAAAGUCUCUUCUGACACAGACAACUUCACUGAUGCGGCAGUGAGUGGUCGAAUUAACGGUGAACAUAAAGAGAAAGAUCUGGAGCCCUGGGAUGGAGGAGACACUCACAACUCUGACAGCCUUGAGUCCCUGGAUACAGAUGUGUCAAACGGAUGGGAUCCUAACGACAUGUUCAAGUACAAUGAGGAGAAGUAUGGAGUCUUGUCUACAUAUGACAGCAGCCUGUCCACCUAUACGGUCCCCUUGGAGCGAAAUGACUCGGAGGAGUUUCUGAAGAGAGAAGCUCGUGCUGCCCAGCUGGCAGAGGAAAUAGAGGCCAGUGCCACAUAUAAGGCUCGGGUGGCCCUUGAAAACGAUGAGCGCUCCGAGGAGGAAAAAUACACUGCUGUGAUGCGAGGGGAGAGGGAGACUCAAUCGCUCAGCAGAGAGAACAAGUACAUUCCUCCAGGUCAGAGGAACAGGGAAGCGAUGUCAUGGGGUGCAGGACGGCAGAAUUCACCUCGUCUGGGUCAGAGUUCAGCUGGAGCCUCAACUUCUCGACCAGGACCUCAUGACUACAGUCCCAACUCUGACCAGAGGGUGGUGAACGGAGGUUCAUCCCAUUGGCCCUCACCCUGUCCAUCUCCCUCCUCUCGUCCCCCCUCUCGUUACCAGUCGGGCCCCUACUACCUGCACCCCCGGGCAACCUCGCCCACCAGGCCACCCUCCAGACCCCCCUCUCGACCUUCCAGACCUCCCUCUCAUUCAUCUCACCUCUCCUAUCCCUCCUCUUCAUCCUCCUUUUCUCAACAUGGGCCUACGUCGCUAGUCUCCACUCUGCCCAAACGCAUGUCCUCAGAAGGUCCUCCGAGGAUGUCCCCAAAAUCCCAGCGAACGCCUCGUGCUCACAGAGUGCCAUUGCCACGAAUCAGUUCAGUCUCCACCGGAGUGGACUUGGGUUCUCACAAUCCACCUGGAGAGGUUUCAGCAACACCUCCAACCAGGAGUAGCUCCUCUGGAGGGACCUGGUCUUCAGUGGUCAGUGGAGCUCACAGACCCCGGUCUCCACGACAGAGUAAUAUGGGGCGAGCCUCCCCCGGCUCUUCCUCGCUCUCUUCACCCCAGAUGGGAACAGCUCCUGUAGAAACUGUUACGACGCUGACAUCGGCUUCCUCUCCUGCUGCUGCUAGCCCCGCCCCCAACAUGAUCGCCUCUCCAUCAGGAGAUGCUAAAGAAUGCCGUGUCCAGGAGACAAGACAAUCAUCUCCCUCAGCAAACAACGAGAACAUUAAACCUUUGGAUAAUUCCCCUAGUAUCACAAGACCAGUCUGUAAAGGACCCCCUUCUAUGGCGCCUGACCACAGAAAGCAAAUAGAUAAUUUGAAGAAAUUUAGUGUAGAUUUUGUAUUGCAACCUAGUUCCAGUCCAGACCCUGCCUUUGACCAGAUGAUGACCAAGCCUGUUCGAGAGCCAUCAGAUAAGCGAAAAGAUCUUGCCCUGGACAAAGCCUCUGCAGUGGGACGAGACGACACCGAGGAGGGGGUUGCAGUGCUUGCAGCUGGCAACUCUGGAGCUGUGCCUGCUUCGUCCGCCGGCUCCGCAAACACCAGUAAGCCUGGCAGCCCUGCAGCGCCUUCUCCAUCUCCCUUAACUCCUGACCAGAAGAGAGGAGGGCAGGAUGUGACAUCACAAGGGGUUCAGACGACAGCCACCUCCACGUUGAGUGGACCCAAACAUGAAGAAAAGGAGGAGAAAAAGGAGGCGGUACAAGAUCAAGUAAGAAAAUCCACCCUGAACCCUAAUGCUCAUGAAUUCAAACCCAGGUUUAACACACAGCCCAAGCCAGCCAACACCCCAACGCCUCCUCGGCCUCAGGGCCAGCCCAGCCCCUCCAUUAUGGUUCAGCAGCCUCCGGCGGUCUACGGCUGCUUCCCUCAGAUGUAUCCGCUGACACCAGUCAGCCCUGGAGUUCAGAAAAGCAUAAUAUGGAAGUCUCCAGCUGUGUACCAGGUCCAAAUGCCUCAUAUGGCAGUGAGCCAGUCUAAACCUUACAGACCAGGUAAAGUACCCAACAUGCCCCAGCAGAGGUCUGACCAGCACCACCCGCCUGGCACGCCCACCAUGAUGCACCCAGCGACGGCAGCAGGGCCGCCUAUUGUAGCACCGAACCCCGUGUACUCUGCGCAGUACUUCACCUGCAGCCCGCAGCAGUUCACCAGUCAGGCGCUUGUUCAGCAGAUGCCACACUACCAGUCACAGGCGCAGCACGUGUUCAGCCCAGUCAUGCAGAGCAGCGCCAGGAUGAUUGGCCCUCCUACGCAUGGCCAGCCCGGCCUCGUCUCUUCUUCUACUACACAGUACCCAGAGCAGACGCACACCAUGUAUGUGUCUCCAGGGCCGAUGCCUCAGCAGUACCCUCACCCCAAUGCCACCUUACACCCUCACCCUCAGCACCCCCAGCAAUCAGCCACCCCUACCGGCCAAGCCCAGCAAGGCGGUCCUCCGCAGCACGGGGGUCCUCCGAGCCACCCUGCAGCCAGUCCAGUCCAGCAUCCUCAACACCAACAGGCAGCAGCAGUUAAUGUGUGUUUCAUAGCAGCGGCAGCGGCCCAGGCCCUCCAUCUAACCAAUGCGCCCCCACAGCAGCAGAUAUACUCAGCCUUGGCCCCAACGCCCCCCUCCAUGACGCCUAACCCACAGUCUCCCCAGACAUCUUUCCCCUCUGCUCAGCAGACUGUUUACAUCCACCCUCAACAGAUGCAGCCUGGCUACAACCCCAACCAUAUGGCACACAUGCAGCAGGCCCAUAUGCAGUCUGGUAUUGUGCCAUCACACCACCCGGCACCCACCCACGCCACAAUGAUGCUGAUGGCCACGCAGGGCCCUCCAGGGGGUCCACAGCCACCAAUGCCCCAGACUGCCCUGAACCCCAUCCCGGUGUCCUCCACUACACAUUUCUCCUACCUGACACAUCCACAGGUGCAGCCUCAUCAUCAUCAUCAUCAUCAGCAGCUGUAGAUAUAGAGGGCGCCGGCGAGCCGAGGGACCCGCUCCGCUUCACGCUUCUCAGCCAGAGCCCUCCAUAACAAGGCAGCGAAGAGAACGAGAGACCUCCCUCUCUUCUCUUCCUUCACCCGACAUGCUUCACAUCAGCGUUUUUCUCCCCUCUCCCUCCCCUUCCUCCCUUCCCAGAUGGACUAGGCAAUAAGUGAAUGUUAACGGGUUGAUGCGGUGGCAUGUUUUAACAAUAGUUUUUACGGACAAGGCAUCUCCUGUUCGGACCCUGCUAACACGCUACACACACACGCACACACACACGCACACAAUAUGAGGGGUCAACUAGUCAAUUUGCCGAGUCAGACGUGAAAGAGCGUUGCUAAGAAUCAACUGGAACUUGUAUUCUGCACCUUGUUAUGGAAAAGAAAUCUUCCAACUAUUACAGUAUUAACCUUACUGUUUAUUGCUGCUGCUGUUGCCAAGUGCUGCGUUUGUUUCCAGACUACAAGACAAGUUUCUAACCAAACUAAAAACCUGAAAAAUGACCAGAAACUUCCUGUGAGAAAGAGAAAACGUAAAAUAAAGCAGCCAAGAGGACAGGAGACUUGUUAUUUAUAAAACUAUAACGGCUGAGGUGAUCAGAUCCCACUUCUCACCCUGACCCUUAUGUAACUUUUAAGUUAAAACUUUUACUUUGUAGAUAAUAUAAAUAAUUUAAAAAAUGAGCAAAAAAACUUAAAAACAAUAAAAAAAGUUUUAAAAACUGGA